GUUACAUGCUUACAUCAGUCGCAGCAUGCCAGUUUAUUUUCUUUCUCCUUAGCUGUUUUGCAAUGCCUUCCCAAUUCAAUUUCUAAUAUUUUUCAAAAUUAUAUUUGAGCAGCUGCAUCAUUCUGGAAUUUGUACAGAUGUCCUGAAUUUUGCAAUGUUCUCACUAGCAUGGGGCACCUCUCACAAACCACUCGCUCUACAGAGAGGAUCCUGCAAGCCAGCCAGCAUUGCUGAUAGUGCCGCAGCCCCUGCCAGAGCAGCGAGCUUCCCCAGGUAACCAGCCUCCUCAUCACGCCGCUGCCGGAGCCUGCAAAGAGACCCUGUCUUUCGCUGCUUCGGGAUCCCAGCGAGAAAUGGGAGUCUGAUGGAUUGUAAAUGCACCUGCUCUGUUUAAAACCCAGCCAAACAGAUAAGUGCCCUUUUAAUUAUCUCACAACAGCAUUUUAGACAUAGCUGUGCAUAACGUCUCUCUUCAGUUCGGUUUCAAUUUGGUGAGCCCUGUGUUUCACCAUUGCAAAUGAAUGCUCUGCGGUUCUCCUUUCGGCUGAGAAAUCCCCGAUGAUAUUGGUAUUUCACGUGAGCUAAUUAAUUAACGUCUGAGGGAACUGCAGCUGACGGCUCAGGAAGCUCCCGGGGGUCUUUCCGUGCCCCUCUGGACCUGCCGUCUCUGGCAGCCCUGUGAGGUUUUGGGACACUGAGGAGAAGCUCUGCGGGACCAGAUGAGGCUGAUGUGACCCAUCUGAGCCUUAAAGAGUCCUCCGGGACUCAUUAGAGGUUCAAUAACCAAACUUGGCUGGUUUGAUUGAGAAGAUGCUUGUGCAGGCUUGGCGCAGUCUCAGAGAAACCAGCUAACGCUGCUGGCAGGAGACAGGGCUUUCUGCAUGUGCUAUUCGUAUGUGUGCGGAGAAAGUGAUAACCCCUGCUUCUUCCUGCCGGUUUCUAGGUGGGAAAAUAGCUGGGGAUGAGGGAGAGAAGACCUCAGUUUAUACAGGGCAUCUAAAGAGGUAUUGUGGGGGAGUUGUAACAAGAAUUGUCCCCUCAAAGUUAUGGGGACGCUUACAUCUAUGGAUGGAAAAUACAGACUAUCAAGAAAACUUCUGGCUGCUUAGAUCUGCUUCUGUAGGUGACUGCUGCCUGCUCUUGAGCACACCACUGCAAUUAUUUAAAAAUAUAAGAAAUCCAUAAAAUAUGGUUUCAUGUACAGUGUAACUUUACAAUAGUAUACAGCCACGAGGCUGGGGCAAAUAUUCACUACGACCGUGAUGUAUGGUGUUAGAAUAAUGAAAAAAAACCCCACUAAAGCCGAGUGUGUGAGCAUCCCCAUGCGUGGCAGGAGGAGGGACAGGAGCCAAAUGGCUCCAGACUUGUCUGCUAUACCAGGGUUAAUUAGCAGUGUAAAAUGUCUGCCUUGCUGUUAGGAAAACUACAAACAGGUUUGCUACAGCAAAUUAGACUGUAGUAACUGACGUGAAUUCAUUUUACCUACCUAAGCAGAAGGUGAGUUUCCUGGUAAGGUGCCAGCCUAGGACUGAGAGAGGGACUGGAGAGACAAGACGGUGAAGUAGGAGGUUACUGCGGCACGAGAGAACUAGAUCUAGAUCAACUCGUGUGAUCCCUGGAGUGUCUGAAGUUCCCUCUUUUCUAGGAAAAAACUUCACUCCUGCUGUUAUUACCAAGAAAGUUUUUAUAUUAAUAGAAGAAAUGACAUAGCUGAUUAUUAAUGACUAUGCUCUGUCUUGCAGUUGUAAACAGUGCUUAUUCCUGACUCUUCAAUACUCUGAUAGCAGAAAGGCUUGACAGUAUAUUAAGAAACACUGAUAAAACAAAGCCCUAGUGAGAAAAUCAGGGUUUGUUCAUUCAGCAAGGAUGGAUAGGAAGUUAAAAAAAGCUUAAAUAAUCUGUGUGCAUCUUUACUCCUCAAAAACAACCCUACAUUUUUUUUUUAACCUCGGAGAUCCUCAAGGUCUUGAUUAUUAUGUUUGCAACUUGAAAUGUGCUUUCUGCCAGCGUGCUGACAUCAAUGUUCCCUCAACUUAUGUCCCAUUAAAUUAACCCUAAUCUGGCCAGUUCCAGUCUGGACAUCAACGUCACAUUUGGAAAUUGUAUCCUGAAGCGUGGCACACAACUUGUAGCUCCUGUGCCUGUGUAGUUCCUGUAGAACCUGUGCUCCUUGGCAGAAGAGGCAGAAAACACUAACAGUCCCUCUCAGGAGCGGUACUGAUGUGAGAGGUGAUGCUGAGCAUGUUAUAUGUACCUGUGGUUUGGCUGGUGCGUCCAACAGCUGAGAACAGAUUCAAACAAUCUUGACAGGCUUCUACAAAAAAUCUUAUCUAGAAAAGAAGACCCCCGAAUCCCAAACUCUUUCUUCAUCUUACAGGUGAGCCUGGAGGACACCUGGGAGACCAUAGCUCCUGAAUGCAUGAGCUUCCCCUGGGAUUAGAAGAAGAGCUAUGGGGAAAGACAAGAAAGAAGGGGAGGCUGUCUUUCUGAGGAAAAAGAUAACUUUGCUGAGGGCUUUCUCGCUCCUCAUCGGCAGCAUGGUUGGCAGCGGCAUCUUUAUUUCCCCAAAAGGAGUACUGAAAAACUCUGGCAGCGUGGGUUUCUCCCUGGUUGUCUGGUUUGCCUGUGGGCUCCUCUCAAUGUUUGGUGCCUUGUGUUAUGCAGAGCUUGGAACAAGAAUCACCAAGUCUGGAGGACAUUAUAUCUACAUUUUGGAGACACUAGGGCCUCUGCCAAGUUUCUUAUUCCUGUGGGCAGAGUUUUUUGCUAUCAGGCCUGCCAACAGCGCGGUGGUUUCUCUGGCGUUUGGACGCUACAUGCUGGAGCCGUUCUUCGCCCCCUGUGCAGCGCCUGUCCCUGCUGUGAAGCUCGUGUCUCUCCUGGGGUACUACACGGUCCUCACCCUCAAUUCCUGGAGCGUCACCUGGAGUGCCCGGCUGCAGACUGCUCUCUCCAUUGUCAAACUCCUGGCUCUUGCACUCAUCAUCGUGCCAGGGAUGAUGCUGCUGGCCCAGGGCCACACUGAAAACUUCCAGGACGCUUUUGACAGACAGUCGCUGGUUUUGGAUAAGCUGCCCCUGGCUUUUUACGCAGGCAUGUUCGCAUAUUCAGGCUGGUUUCAGACCAGCUUUGUGCGUGAGGAGUUGGUCAGACCUGAACGAAAUAUCCCCCUGGCUGUCAUCGUGUCCGUGAUCACGGUAAUUGUGGGGUACAUGCUCACCAACGUCUCUUAUUACACCGUCUUGGGAAGGCAAGAUGUUCUGGCUUCUCCUGCUGUGGCUGUGAGCUUUGUGCAGCGAGCAUUCAAAAGCCUGAUCUCCGUGGUCCCUGUCCUUGUGGCACUGUCCUGCUUUGGAACCAUGAAUGGAGGAAUCUUCACAUUUUCAAGAACUCUGUUUGUGGCUUCCAGGGAAGGACAGUGGCCUCCUCUCUUCUCCAUGAUCCACAUUCGAAGGCAUACACCCCUUCCCGCUGUCAUGUUAAUGUUCCCUUUGGUUACUGCCAUGGUGUGUAUCGGAGAUAUCUACCAUCUAAUGAACUUCUUCAGCUUUUCCCGAUGGCUCUUCAUAGGAUUAGCCACCCUUGGGCUCAUUGUCCAUCGCCACCGUCACCCGGAGCUGCGCAGCCCGUUCAAGGUUCCCCUGUUCGUUCCUAUCUCUUUUACCAUCAUCUGCCUCUUCACAGUGGCAAUGUCUUUCUACUCAGACCCUGUGAACAUUAGCAUCGGAUGCACCAUGGUUUUAAGCGGUUUUCCAGUCUACUACCUCAUAAUCCACAGGCAAAUGUCAAGUCGUUGCCGUAGCCCAUUUUAUUAUCUUACACACAAACUACAGUUACUGCUGGAAGUAGUCCAACAAGAAAUCAAGACUUACUGAGAAAACCAUCAGAACUCACAGGACAGGAUAAAAUCUACUUACUCAGUUUCUGAUACCUUUCAUUCUACCAAAAGCAGGCCGUGUUAUUAUUCUUUUAAUCACUGCAAAUGAGGAUGAGCCUGAGCCAAAACCUUGCCGCAAGUGUUCCUAAGCUUGCCAAUCGGGAUGAGCGUGUCACAUCUGUUUCUGCCCUUUUCUUUUUUAACAGAACAAUCUAGUUCUCUGAAAUGAGCUUGCUUUGCCUGCAGAGUGUCUUCAAAACCAAGAUCCUAAUUUUGCAGCCUAGACCAGUCCUCAAUAAAAUAGCACGUGUGUGUAUAUAUGUAUAUACACGCUAUUUUUUAAUUUCCUAACUUGGCAAAUAGAGGAAGGGAGCACACUGCAAAACUUAGAGCCCAAUACAUGGAAGCCAAAUGCAGGUUUCAAACUGAAGCGUUGUAGUAGCCACUCUGUGGACAAGUAUUAUGAAUGGAAAUGGGUAAGAAGAGCAAAUUAGAAAUAAGGCAGAUGAAUUAGAAAGGAGGAGGCAGGGGGAUAAGAAAGUGCAGAUUCAGGUUAAUGAGAAGAUAUUUGAAACCCCUUUGAAAUUCAAAUAUUAACAAAGUAAAGUCAGAAUGUUUUGCUUUGAUUGUUAUAUAAGCAGAAUAAGUUUGUCUUUGCUUUGAAAUAAUGUUUCCAUUUUGAAUUUUAUUUCUCUGAAAUGACAUUUCAAAAUUUACAAACACAUUUUAAAAAACCAGCUAAAUAUCACCAAGAAUAUGACAAAAUAGAUCCUGAUCCCUCCUCCAAAUCCCCAGCCCCUCUCCCCACCCAGUACUACCACUGAAGUUGAAAAUGCAGAUUUUGGCCCCCCUCCAGUGAAAUACAAUUUCUUCUUUAGUUAGACAAGACCACUGAUGAGACUUAGGCAGAUUGCUGAAUAAGUGCAUCUUUUGGUGCUGUAAGAAAACAUGAAAGACUUCAUGUCAGAGCUUUAACUUUAAAUCUGCGGUCAAAUGACUUGCUGAAUCCAUACGUAAAAGCUCAUUUGAACUAUUGACAUAAUAAAGGUUUCUGUUAUCGGAGUACUUUGGUUUACAUUAUUCAUGUGGCAACGUUAUGUCCAGAUAAAACAGCAAUUAGCUAUUUCCAAUCAUUUAAUUGUUAAUCUUUUCCUGAAAGAUGGGAAGUAGUAUGCCGAGACUCCUCUAAUGACUGCUGGAGAGAGGAAGAGCAGAACGUGGAGCAUUUUUAAUCUUUUGUAUCAAGCAUUUAUGUACUUAGAGUAAAACCAAAGUACCAUUUACAAACCGAAUGUAACCUACCAAAACUUGUAAAAUUCACCAUCAAGAUUUGGAAAUAAAUAAGUUCGUU